GUAAAAAAAAAGGCAACGGCAACGGCGGGAUUUCUCGGCCCGGUCGGCGGCGGCGGAGGGAGGGAAGGAAGGAAGGAAGGAAAGAAAAAGAAAAGAGGGCGAAGGCCCCUGCGAUUAAUUUUGGACCUGAUAUAGCAACAAAUUUGAACUAUGCAGACAAUUAAGUGUGUGGUUGUGGGAGAUGGCGCUGUUGGUAAAACAUGUCUUCUAAUUUCUUAUACAACAAAUAAAUUUCCCUCUGAAUAUGUACCAACGGUGUUCGAUAACUAUGCUGUAACAGUGAUGAUUGGCGGGGAGCCAUACACCUUAGGCCUGUUCGAUACUGCAGGACAGGAAGAUUAUGACCGAUUACGGCCCCUCAGCUACCCACAGACAGAUGUGUUUCUGGUCUGCUUCUCGGUGGUCUCGCCCUCUUCGUUUGAAAACGUUAAGGAAAAGUGGGUCCCCGAAAUCACUCACCAUUGUCCGAAGACUCCCUUCCUGCUCGUCGGGACCCAGAUUGACCUCCGAGACGACCCCUCGACGAUUGAGAAGCUCGCCAAGAAUAAGCAGAAGCCCAUCACUCCCGAAGCCGCGGAGAAACUGGCGCGGGACUUGAAAGCUGUCAAAUACGUGGAAUGCUCUGCGCUCACACAAAAAGGCCUAAAGAAUGUAUUUGACGAAGCAAUAUUGGCCGCCCUGGAGCCCCCGGAACCGAAGAAGGGCCGCAGGUGUGCGCUGCUAUGAACGUCCGGUCUCUUCGCGGCCCCUCCUGCCAAGCCUGGUGUUGAUGUCAUACUAAAAGCAAUGUUGAAAUCAAAACUAAAGAUUUUCCAAUAUUUUCGUUUUUUUUUUUUUUUGCAAUAAUGACAAAAAAACCAACGCCGUGCGCCCCAUUUUUUCCCAUCACUCGCUCCCCGUCUCGAGAGGCAAACUGCCUUUCUUCCUCCCAGUGCCCUUACAGUUAGACUAAUUCUUUUUUUUUUUUUAAAUAUAGAGUAAGGUAUCCCGACCCCGAUUAGUAACUAGGGGUUGUUGUUUUUUUUUGGUUUGUUUGUUUACUGUUAAAAUUUUGUUUGUUUUCGAGUUUCGGGCAUGCUUAAUUUUUUUUUUGGGGGGGGGGUGUCCCUCCCCUAAACAGACUAAUUCUCAAGUCUCUAGCCUCCCAAGACCCAUCCUGCUAGGCUGGCCGUGACUUUCGGAGUCUUGUGUAUUAUUUUGCAGCCAGCGAAAGGGGUGUGUGGGUGAGCAGGUUUCGAUCCUUGGAGGCAGUGGGGGCAGCUUCCGCAAACGAGAGAGACCGUCCCAAAACUGGGGUGCUCCUUUUGAAGGGAGGUGUCAGCUCACCCUCCCAGAAGCUGCAUCUCCUCUGAAGUUGCCUUUGGUUCUCUCGUUUUUUUUCUCCCCCCCCCCCUCCGUUCUUCCUCCAGGCAGGUCGGGGAAACCUCGGCCCUCCCCUGCCAAAAACUCAACAAGUUAGCCCCCACAUCGUUGGGGAGGGGCUGUCCCUUUGGCCAAAAGCUUUUUUUUCUCUCUCUCUGUGCGCGUUGGAGUGUGUUUUGGGGAAAAAUCCCACCUAUUUUUUGCCAAUUGCUGACGUUUUUGGGGUGUGUUAGUCUUUUUCUUUUUUUUGGUUAAAUUUCAAGGGGAACCCUCCCCCCCAAAACCUGUCAACAUAUAGGAGGUAUUUAAAAGAAAGAGAAAAGAGCCUCUUUUUUUUUUGUUUUUUAAAGGCCACUGGGGGUCUCCUUCACUCCCCAUUUCCCCUUUCCCCCUCCUCUUGGUAAGCAGCAAUAUUAGGCAUACAUUCAAAGUUCCCUCUGCCCCCCCCCCCCCCCCCAGCUGCCUUCGGAUGUUCGAGACUUGGAGCCUAAGGAACUCACGGUGGGUUUUUCAUCGAAAGGAGACCCAGAGGAGAAGGUAUUUUCGGCAGGGUGUGGCGAGGGCUGGUUAAGACGGUGCGAUCAAACCAGGCGCCGCCCCUCGGCCUCCCGGUGGGUGAGGAGGAUCUCUUUUAACCCCACUGUUCAAUGGGGAUCUUCCUAAAGUAUACUCUGGCUUGAAUAACUUUUCAAAUCUACCCAGAUUCUAAUUUCUUGUAGACUCGUUAGUGUUGGAACUGAUGGCUAUUAUUAUUCCCCCCCCCCCCCUCCAUGUCUGAGUUCUUUGUAUAUGCAUUUUUUUUUCUCUCUCCAGAUGUAUUAAACAUAAAAGUAUCUUCACAA